AUGCCGUUCAUCAGCUUUCUCAUUAUUCUGGCCAUCGCCUGCUUUACCUCAACAACCGCAGGACUAUGCAGUCCAGAUAAGCUGAUUAUAAGGAAAGAAUGGAGAGAACUAGCCGUUGCUGAACGGACAGACUAUAUCAAUGCGAUAUAUUGCCUGCGUGAACGUUCAUCUGCCCUACCUAAUGAAAAGUUCCCUGGGGUUCGAGACCGAUUAGAUGAUUUUGUUGCCACUCAUAUCAAUUACACAACCCGGAUUCAUCAAAAUGGGCUUCUGCUCCCUUGGCAUCGCCAUUUUAUCUUCCUCUGGGAAGCAACCCUGCGUGAGGAAUGCGGAUACAAAGGCAGCCUACCGUAUUGGAACUGGGCCCUGGACGCAUAUACUUUGUUUGACAGCCCCAUGCUGAACGGCAACGCCGUAUCGCUGUCCGGAAAUGGGGCGUUUGAAACAAACGAAACACUCUCAUGCACUUCCGAUGGCACCGAAUGUCUGCCGCGAGGCACAGGGAAUGGCUGUGUAAGAUCGGGCCCAUUCGCCAACUUCCAGGUGCACCUGGCGCCGAUCGACUCAAAUUUGGCACAGCCGUAUGCGUCACCUCCCCCCAAUGCCUUUGACUAUAAGCCACACUGUCUAACACGGAGUUUAAACCCAUUUAUCAUGGCCGUGUUCAACAAUGACACCAUUGGCGACCGAUUGCUGGGGGCCGCCAAUAUAACAGAGUUUCUUAGGAUUAUGGAACCUAGUGGUUUUGAUGAUAUGGGUGCGCAUGGGGGAGGUCACCACUCUAUCGGGGGUGAUAUGCAGAACUUAUUUAUAUCACCCCAGGAUCCAGUGUUCAUGCUGCAUCAUGCUAUGAUAGAUCGGAUCUGGAGUAUAUGGCAACGACAUGAUCCCCCAAAUCGUCGAAAUGCCUUGAAUGGCACGACGAUCAUUUACGACCCCCCGGAUGCUCCGUUCGUGACUCUCGAUACGGUGAUGGAGUUUGGGGUGCUAGAUAGCCCAAGAAAGGUCAGGGAAGUGAUGGAUCCGAUCGACUAUGAGUAUUGCUACGCCUAUACGUGA